AUGGCGUGGGACAUGUGCAACCAGGACUCUGUAUGGAGUGAUCUCGAGUGUGCUGCUCUGGUUGGUGAAGACCAGCCUCUUUGCCCAGAUCUCCCAGAACUUGACCUCUCUGAACUAGAUGUGAACGACCUAGAUGCAGACAGCUUUCUGGGGGGACUCAAGUGGUACAGUGACCAGUCAGAGAUCAUCUCCAAUCAGUACAGCAAUGAACCCGCCAAUAUAUUUGAG